UUUUCUUCUUCUUCGGUUCCGUCUCUCCUCUCUCUCUCUCUCUUUCUCCGGCGACGAAAGCAAACCGAGAAGUGACGAUCCGUUCACCAAAUCGGAGAUUCAAGUGACCAAAAUCGGACAGUUUUGUUCAGAAAAAUUAGGAUUUCAUUUUUAAUUGGGAUUUUAUGUUAGCAAAAAUUAGGGUUCGUUCACCAAAUCGGAGAUUCAAGUGGCCAAAAUGGGACAGUUUGGUUCAGUGAUGCUCCAAUCUCCUUAUCUGGUCUGAGAUAUUUUGUACCAAGAUGCAAAGAGAACACCGUUUGUUCUGUUUUCACUCGUCCAACCGUACGAUCCACAAGUUGUCACUGGAUCCCAUGACACGACCAUUAAAUUUUGGGACCUUCGAUAUGAUGAAUGCGGAGCCUGAGUACGCGACAGCUAAAAUAGCGGUGUGGUGGGACAUGAAGGGCUGUCCGAUUCCCCGCGAGGGUUAUGAUGCUCGUCAGGUCCGUCCGAGCAUAGAAGGGGCGUUGAAGGAACUAGGCUACUCGGGUCCUGUCUCCAUCACCGGGUAUGGCGACCAAAGACAAACCCCUUAUCACAUCCUGAAAGGGCUCUCUUCCACCGGAGUCGGUCUUGCA